GGGUUGGUUAAAAAAAAAAAACGGUAAAGACAAUCAAGGAAGGGUCUGGGGGGAGACAAUAGAGCCACGUGCCGCUGUGCAGAUUUGUCGUUUGGGACACAAUAGGUGAUCAUUUUUCAAUGGGGCUGGACCAACUGUUGCAGGCAACGUGUGCCACAUACCCAUGUUUCAAAUGAUAUCAUGGGUUGUUUACAUAUGAUUCAGCCAAUGACAGUGCAGACGGCGGUAGUCACCUGACCACAGUUAGAGGUUGGUUUAAUGGAGAGGGGGGCACUGAAGUGUCCAGACACACAAAAUAACUGAAAAGUGAGGGUUGUCAUAGCGACCCCAAUUAUUGGACUGAAUAGCGAGUGUGUAGUGAAGUCUGGAGAGAAUACAAGAGGGUUUCUCCACUUUCUUGAUGCUUAGUCCAAAUGAAGAAAUGGCUGAGUAAAUAAUUCUCCCUGCACUGGAUUAGAUCAGAGGACUCCUGACCACAGACCCUUCGCAGCUGAAGGACGAGCUGCCUGGCGAUCUUCAGUCCCUGUCCUGGCUCACCUCUGUGGAUGUUCCCCGACUGCAGCAGAUAGGAUCUGGACGAGCUGAUUUUGCCAGUUCUGCUCAGAACAGCCUGCUGGAGCGACAGACAGCUCAGCUGAAUAGCAUGACGGUAGCAGGCGGAGCAGGAUCUGCGAUUCAUCUACAGAGUGAAAUGCAGCACAGCCCUCUAGCCAUCAGUAGCAUGCCCCAGUUUUCCCCUGGGUUUCCAUGUGCCGCUUCAGUGUAUCAAACCGCCCCUCAACAAGUGCUCACUUUCACUCAGGCAAACCAGCAGUGUUCUCCCGGUGGGAUUUAUGGCAACUACAACAGCCAGAGUCUGUUUCCUCAACCCCGUAUAACUGCUCACAACCAGGACUUGCAGCCCAAGACGUUCCCUAAGCCCAUCUACUCCUACAGCUGUCUGAUUGCAAUGGCUUUGAAGAACAGCAAAACAGGCAGCCUUCCUGUUAGUGAGAUCUACAGCUUCAUGAAAGAGCACUUCCCUUAUUUCAAGACAGCACCUGAUGGAUGGAAAAAUUCUGUACGCCACAACUUGUCCUUGAACAAGUGCUUUGAGAAGGUGGAGAACAAGAUGAGCGGUUCCUCCAGAAAGGGCUGUCUCUGGGCACUCAAUCCUGCAAAGAUUGAUAAAAUGGAGGAAGAGAUGCGCAAAUGGAAACGCAAGGAUCUCCCAGCCAUCCGUCGCAGCAUGGCCAAUCCAGAUGAAUUAGACAAACUCAUUACAGACAGACCGGAGAGCUGCAGACAGAAGUCCAUUGAGACUGGCAUGACUCGCUUGCCCAGCUGCCCACCAGGGCCGACCCUCCCAAUCCCAGCGCAGAUGCAGCCCCAUCCAGUGGUCACUCUCUCUCUGCAGUGCCUUCCUAUGCAUCAGCACUUUCAUAUGCAGCUCCAGAAUCAGUCUCGCUUGGCUCCGGCCUCCCCAGCUCCUGCUCAGACACCCCCUCUCCACACUGUCCCCGACCUGACAAACAAGCAGCACAGCGACUUCUACACGGUUCACACCGACGUCAAUUCAGAGGUGGACGCACUGGACCCAAGUAUUAUGGACUUCACCUGGCAAGGAAACCUGUGGGAGGAGAUGAAGGAUGACAGCUUUAACCUGGAGGCAUUAGGUACACUCAGUAACUCCCCACUUCGGCUGUCUGACUGUGACCUGGACACUGGCAAUGUCACACCUGUGUCCAGCGCAGGAGGACUGCCUUACCCAGACCUGCAGCUGACAGGCCUCUACUCUUCAUACUCGGCUGUGGAUGCCUUUUCUAACCAGUACAUGAACACACAAGGAGGAACGAAGCCUAUCGUUUUGCUUUAAUUGCACCUGCAAGAAAUCCAACAAACUGAGCUUUACCUCCCAGGAACAUCUAUAAAGCUUUCAAUCCCAGCCUUCGUGGUGUGCCAGACUCCAAAAAAACAUCCUGCAACACAGAUUUCUUCCAAGGCAGCCAAAAAUGUUUUGUUAAAUUAUUGCAACAUCAGAUAUAGAAUGCAUUACGAUAUCCUGAACUGAAAGGAGUAGCAUUUAUGGUGAAGUC